AUGCCCGAGAAGGUCUAUGUCACCUACAACCAGGUGCACAAGCUGUGCCAGGCCUCUGCCCAGAAGAUCCUGAAUGAAUUCCGCCCCAAUCUCAUGAUCGCAAUCGGUGGUGGCGGUUAUGUUCCGGCUCGCAUUCUUCGAUCCUUCCUGAAACUCCCCGGUGAACCCAACAUCCCCAUCCAGGCCAUUGGGCUCUCCCUGUACGAGAGCCUGGGGACGGACGGCCCCGAGGAGAAGCCCGGCACUAAGGUUACCCGGACACAAUGGCUCGAUCUGAGCUCUCUUGAAAUGGCCAACCUGAUUGGCAAGAAUGUCCUGAUUGUCGACGAAGUGGAUGACACGCGAACCACGCUGGAAUAUGCCGUUCGUGAACUGGAGAAGGACGUUCAGCUUGCCCAGAAGAACCUGGGCCGGGAGGGAGAGAAGACUACAUUCUACAUUUUCGUGCUGCAUGUGAGUACCUGCGCCAGCUACGGCAUCUAG